CGUGCACACACCAAUAUCAAGCCUACACUCACACAAGUAUCUCAGUCAAUUUAUUUUCCUCCUUGUUAAUUUACAGCACUUAUAUAUAGCAAUACAAACACAGUACUGUUGAUAAAAAGAAAAAAACACAGUACUCUCACACACGUAUACACUCUAAUAUAAAUAUAUAUAAAGAGGUCUUGUUGCUGUUUCUGAUAUCAAAGUUUUAGGUUGUCUUUAAAUUUAACCCUUCUUUUUUCUGUUUCUCUCCCUGUUUGUGAUAAGAUGGCAGACACAAAGUUAUUUCAGUUGUUGCCUGAUGACAAAGAUAUCGCAGCCAUGCAAAAUACCGAUAGUCACCUAGUUCCAUCAAAACCCCAGCCUCCAGAAUCAUCAUUAUCUCCAAGUCUUCAAGAAAAUAAAUCUAGAAGUGAUGGAAGCAACCAACAAGUACAAGAUCAAAAACAAGAACAAGAACAAGAAAAGCUCCAGUAUGAAUCAAGAAGCAAACGAAAAUGGGAAUAUACUGCUGAAACUUCUCGAGUAGAGAUCCUAGAGACGCCGAGGAAUUCAAACAUAAGGUGCUAUUGUCCUCCUCGGCCGCCAAGAAAGCCAAAAGCUACCCCGGCCGUGAAAGGGAGAGCCAUGUGGUUGAAGAGAUCCGUGGUUUUCUUGGAUGUAGCAAGAGAAGUCGAAUCUAUGUUUCCUCCGUCUGUUCUUCAAGAUUUCGGUAAAAAGAUCAAAAAAGCUCGAUAUUGAUCCUUAGAUAAUCUUAUAUAUCCAUAGCUUGAUAUAUUUUUUCUGUUUGCAUUACCUAUAAGUUUAUAUCCAUAGCCAUAUUAUUGUAUUACAAACCCCCACAAAAACAAAAGUUUAGUGCCGUCAUUAAACAUAUGAAAUCAAACUCCGUUGGUUUUUGAAGUCUUCUUCUGGAAUAUUGAGAGAAACUAGUCUUGAUCCAUCUUCUAUAUACGCUUUUAUAAUAUUGUAUGAUGUAUUAAUUUACGGCUUCAUGUGUCCAUAUGUAUGUAAUGAAUUGUUUGCAGUAUU